AUGAUCGAAAUAACUGCUGACCAAGCGAUCGAUUGGUGUUUCACAUUCGGAAACCUGGUAGGAAUAUUUGGAGAUUCUCAGAACAAAGCUGUCGAGAACUGUCUUACCGCGACUGUUACUCCAAUAUUCGAUGACAGUAUAACGGAAAGAGGAAAGUAUGUGCUUCCUAAAUUUCCUGUCGAAAUCGGUCUUCCUUGCUCCAAUUUGGUGGAGCAUGCACUACUUGGUUACGUCGAGUGGGGUAACCGGAUGGUGCUGAGAGAAGCGCGGAGUCUCUUGGCAAUGUCGGAAAAAGAGUAUGCGAUAUUCUAUGAAACAAUAUUGCAGGCAGCCGAUGAACAGUUUGAUAUUAUGUUGGAAGAGGUUGCUACGCAAGAAAGGGCCUAUGGGAACAAUUCAUUCUACAACGACAUUGAGGCUGGCAGACGCAACGAUAUAGCGUCAGAUGAUGAUGUUAUGUUGUCGUGUAAAGGAGAUCAGCCCACCAUACAAUGGAAAGGGAAAGAUGUUAACCGCGGUAUGGCAGAACCAACAGAAUUCCAGAAAGUUGCAUCAGAAAGACCCCGAGCUCUACGAUCAACAGCAUCCAGAUAA